UCGUAAUUGAAAACAAUCAAAAUAGAUAGUUUGAUUCCCAUAAUCCAUUAUUUGAUCUAGCUUUCUAAAAACUAAAAAAAUAUAAUAAAAUUCUAAACUGUACUCAUUCAACCAAAUUAAGAUUUCUUAAUAGAAAAAUCUAUUUUCAGUGAUGAAUAUUUCUUAAAUCAUUUAAAGUAUGCUGAUAUAUUUAGUAUAACUGUAUCUUUUUAAUUCCUAAAAGAAUUUAGCUCUAUUAAAUCAAGUACUUACUUAAUAAUAGAAGACAUAUAACCCCAAAAUAAUUUAAAGGAAAAAAGUAAUUUGUUGUAAUUCUACCAAUAAUAAAUUAAAGAAAUCUGCAAAGUAGAUUUAAAUUUAGACUUAGACUUAGAAAUUCAAGAUAAUAUGACAUCAAUGCAUUAAAAUUAAUAAGAAAAUAAUGAAUCAUCAUAAUAUAGAAGUUUUUUUUAAUUUGCAAAUAAUUUAAGCUUAUAAAAUGAACAAUCAACAUUAACUUAAAUCCUCAAUAGUGUAACAAUAAACUAAAAUUCUAUGUAUAAAUAAAAUGGAUAAGCUCUCAAGAAUAACAUCAGUGAAUUAAAAAAAGUAAAAUAGAAUAAAGUAACUACAUUCACAAGUAACUCUCCAAGAUAAAAUUAUGAAUUUAUGCUUGCGAGUCCAGUAGCACUUUAAAUGUAGUAAAUAAAUGUUUAAUUAGAAAAAUCGGCGGAAUUAAAUUCAAAAUUCUAAAACUUUGCAUAAAUUAGCUAAAAUCAAGAAUUUUAAUCUUUUAGUAAGAUUUAAACUUAGAAAUCGGCUGAGAAAUAGUCAAUUUUAAAUUAGAAUGACAAAUUCAAUUUUAACUAAUUUGAAGUAAAUCUUGAAAAUGUUCAGCCAAGCAUGGAUGCUGGACAAGACAAUUUAACUUCUUAGAUUUAAAAAUAAAUAACUGAUAUUGCUCCACUAUCUAGUAAGCGCGGUUUGAUUUAAACAGUAACAUCUCCAUUAAAAAAAAAACAUAAAUGCAAAAAAUCAAUGAAAAGAGAGUUAAAGACUAAAAAUAUUCAAAUAAAAGUUUUUAAACAUAAUAAGAGGUAAAUAAAUUAUAAUAAUAGAAUAUUGAUAUUUAAUCUAUGUCUUCUUCCUCAAACAGUGUAUAAACACGAUUAGUUUUUGAAAAUAUACACAAAAAAAGUCAGAUGAGAUAUCUUAAAAUAAUAAAUGCUUUCGGAAUAUUAUCAGCUUUAGCUAUUCUUUCUUUGACAUUGUUAGCAUUUUUUAACUUUCUUACAAGCUUAGUUUCUCAAAGAGAAAACUUCAAAUACAUUAACUGGAUUUAUAUGAUUAACGUACAAAUUAGUUAUUCCCUUUCAGAGCAUAAUAUUAUUCUGCUAAACUAAUAAAACCUUUUAUCUACGCCAGCUGGUCAAUACUAACCUUUCAUGGAUCUAUUAAAUGAAUAAAAAUAAUCAAGGAUAUCGCUGAGUAAACAACAUAUGAAUUUACUUUAUAAUAAUACUAACAAAGAUAUAGAAGUUUUUAAUAUUAUUUAAAAUAAUUAUAUCAUUUAAAAUAUAUAUCAAAGCAAUACUAUAUCCUAAUAGUAAAAUCUUUCAAUGAUAUAUUCAAUACUCUUAUAGAUUUUUGGGAUAUUUUAUUUUGUUUCUAACAAUGAUCCUUUAGGAAUAAUAAAAAAAUAAAAUGAGUUAAACUAUCCAGCUUUAAAUGAAAAAGUUCAAUCUGUUUUUUCUCAGAUGAAUGAUAACUAUUAAAACUAACUUUCAUCCAUUAAAAGUCAAAGUCUUAUUUAAUUAUAUGUUAUUACCUUUAUCAUGCUUCUUUUUUUGAUUAGUGUCAUACCAAGUUAUAUCUUCUCUAAAAAGAAAUAGCAAUAAAUUUUAGAACUCUUUGCAACUUUUGAUAGGCUACAAUUGAAAGACAUUAUUGAUCAGAUAACUCAUUAACUAUAAUUUUACUCAAUUGAUCAAAAAUAAAAUGUUAUUAAAUACGAAAAUAAAGUUUCUAAUCGUUAAUUUUAAAAUCAUCAUGCGAACUCUGAAAAAAAAUUAAAUAUUAGUAAAACUUCUUCUUUAAAAUACUCUUUAAAGAAAUUAAUAGUGGCAUUAAUUUUAAUAUUUUGCUCAACAACAAUUUAUCCAAUAAUAAAUUAUUUUAUUGUGAAAUAAUUUAUUGAUAAUUCUAUUGUUAUUUACAAUUUUAAUAAUGUUGUCUGUGCUUCUUAUUUUGCAGUAUUAAACUCAUUAAGAGCUAGAUAAGGCCUUGCUAUGGCAUUUUUAAUACCUUAACAAUAAGCUCUGUCUAUUUAAACUUAUCAAGGAAUUCUAAAUUAGCUUUCCGUUUAGAUAAAUGAAUUACCUAACUUACUAAAAGAAAACCUUGAAAAAAUAUGUUCAACAAGUUUACAUAAUUAAGAAAUAUUUGAUGAUUUUUUGACUAAUGUAUUUACUAAUAACGCUUGUGAUACUAUUAAUAAAUACACUUAAUAUCAAAAUGGAGAUUUUUUGUUUGAUUAAUGCAAUACUGUCGGUAAGGGCUCUCUUAAAUCAGGUCUUCUUAAUG